AUGUCGGCAUUCAAAUACUACGCCAAGGCCCAGUCCACCUUCAAGCCGCCACUCAUCGCGAAUGAGAAUGCCUUCCUCGGCGAUAUUAGCACCAGUCAGAAGGAAAACCCCGACAAGCCCAUGUCCGCGGGCUUCUACCGACUAGAGAAGGGGACCCCAUUGGUGUACACCUAUACCUACGACGAGAUGAAGAUUAUUCUGGAGGGCCAAUUUGAAAUUUCGGACGAGACGGGCCAGAAAGUGACAGCGUCACCAGGCGAUGUGUUUUAUUUCCCCAAGGGAGUGACGAUCACUUUUUCGACUCAGACGUAUGGGCUAGCGUUCUUUGUGAGUCCGAAUCCGAGUGUUUGCUGA